AUGGGACAAGAACUGACUGAAUUAGCUUUUUGACUCUUCUUCCCUCGCUUCUUAGUACAAACUGGUCAAUUAUAAAACUUGAAGAUAGAAGGAUUUUGAACAAAAAAUGUUUAGGAAUCAAUACGAUAACGAUGUCAGCAUAUGGAGUCCACAGGGUCGUAUUCAUCAGAUUGAAUAUGCUAUGGAGGCGGUUAAACAGGGAUCUGCUACCAUAGGAAUAAAAUCUUCGACACAUGUUGUUUUAGUUGCUUUAAAGAGAGCUGCCUCAGAGUUAUCAGCACAUCAAAAGAAAAUCAUUCCUAUUGAUGAUCAUAUUGGUGUCUCCAUUGCUGGUCUUACAGCUGAUGCCAGACUGUUGAGUAAGUUUUUGAGGACAGAAUGCUUAAACUCCAAAUAUAUAUAUGAUACACCACUACCUAUUGCAAGAUUGGUAGGAGCCAUUAGCGACAAAAUGCAAGUACAAACACAGGUCUAUGGAAGGCGUCCUUAUGGAGUUGGUCUUCUUGUUGCGGGCUUUGAUGAUGCAGGACCCCAUUUGUACCAGACAUGUCCAUCUGCAAAUUUCUUUGAUUGUAAAUGCAUGGCCAUUGGUGCUCGCUCACAGUCGGCAAGAACAUACCUGGAAAAGAUGCUUAAUGAAUUCCCCAAUUGUACCCCAGAAGAAUUGAUAAAGCAUGGUCUCACAGCACUUCGAGAAACCUUACCAAAUGAACAAGAGUUGACAAAGAAUUCCUCAAUCUGUCUCAUCGGUAAGGAUCAAGACUUGGUGAUAUAUAAUGAUGAUGAUGUUGCCCCUUAUCUGGCAUUGUUAGAUACUUUAAAAGGAGGACGUGCUGGUAAAGAAGAGAUUAAAGGCGAUGAGACAGGCGGAGAAUUUUCCAUGGAACAGGAUACAGCUGGUGUAGCUGAUGAAGGUCCAGUUACUUUACCAGAAGAUAAGUCAAUGGAUACAGAAUAACGACAGUUCGUGUAUUUAAAUCGUGCGGACUUCAUUUUAAAUCGACAAACACAAGCCUAUUGUCAUCCAUUGUCUAACUUUCAAUUAGAUCCUUUGAAUGAAUUCAAAA